AUGCUCAGCAGCGCUCCCUACACUUCGACUGAACCUCCUCAUCACACCUACGGCGCCGAAAGGACAGCAACGACGACUGAUUCAAGAGCUACUCUCGAGUCCAUCUUUCAUCCCAACUCGCCUCCAUCACCACACCCUUCAAACCGCCGCCUGAAGACAAGGAGCAGCACCUCUUCUCACAACUACAACAGCAGCUCAUUCACUAGCAACGGCCUGCCAAAGUCAGCAAUGACCACAUCGUCAGCCUCACCAGCUCCAGCUUCCAUGCCAGCUCAUCCUAACGUUUUCUUCUCAGCCCCCUCUUCCAAGGCCAAGGCUCAAAGCGCUUCUGCGCAGAUCAGAAAUGAGACGAACUUCAAUACUUUCCGGAUGACACCCCCUCCCUCGGCCUCUUCAAGGCGGCGACAGCAGCAGCACCAGCAGCAAUCGAGUGCUUCUUCCCUCGCAAACUCCGUCUCUGUCCAAAGCCUCCCUGGCUCUGUAAGCACUCCGACCAUCUUGUCGUCCCCACAGACUACCGAUGCUGUUGUGCCAGAAGGCGAGCGGGUGCUUCAGACCCCUCGAAGGGGCAGGAGGCUUGGCGGCGUAGAGAUGGGCUGGGAGAAUUCACACGAUAACGCCAAGGCUGAAGUGUCCGUGGAUUCAACAGCAUCAUCGUCAUCAGCAACCUCAACAACACCAGCAUCGUCAGUCGCAGCAGGAGCAUCAGCGACGGCUACAGCGGAUAUACCACGUGACAAGGUCAGGAUCAGCUCUCGUCCUGAUCAGGAUUUGAAUCCUGUCAGGAUCACUCCACGUAAGCGCAGGUCACCGCAUGGCAUCAGCUCCUCUGCUUCAUCAUCGCCGACCAAGAGGAGCAACAGCGGCGAAGGCGAAAUGGGACCGUCACUGCGAGACGAGGCGGGCUAUGCUACUGCCGUGUACCCAGCUUCUGCCUCUGGACUCCGAAGUCCCGAGCAUGCUGCCGAUGGCUCAUCGGACCUCUUCGAAGCGCCACCAACGGCUCCUGCAAGAUUCGAUCGACUGGCAGCCUUCCGAGUUGCUCCGUCAACAACGUCUACAUCUGUCUCCGAUUACGAACGAAGUUGCAAUGGAACUUCCCGAGCUCCUUGCAAUUUAGUGGCCGUGGACGUCAAAGGUAUGGGCCGAGUAGCCGUCGCUCGUGAGGUGGCAGUCCAACUCGGUGCGAUGAGCGAAGAGGAGCUCAAAGCUUCGCAGGCUGAGAUUGGCUGCCAAGAUGACUUCGUGCUGGGACUAGACAAUACAAUUGCAAACCGCACAUCACACGGCUACGCAUCUUCGAGCCAAUUGCCCAGCAGCCUCGACACUCCCGGGUACAGCAUGAACAGUGCCGGCUAUCUUGGGCCCAGUCCGAGCUUUUCUCUCGCGAGCCAUUUCCCGAUGAGUGAAGAGGGCAGUCCUUCACUAAGGGCCAGAGCUUUGCCUCCUAAGCGCUCCACUCUGGACGCUGCCACUCUCAACCGCGUCUUGGCGUUCAAGGAGAAGCUCAACGGACCUAUGGCCAGUUCCUUGCGACGUUCCAGUACGCAAGCAAAUUUGCUGCAAUCUGAGUCUGUUGCUCCUGCUACGAACACUUCGCUCCCCUCUUCCUCCUCUCUGCCGUCGCUGGCCUGGCCAGACGCCCUAGCGGGUCCUUGGACCGCCUCCAUCGAGGCUCGAGAGCAGAGUGAAGCGCGACUGGACGUCGUUAGUCGCUGGCUUGACGGCGAUGAUGACGGUCAUCAAGCAGACGAUGGCUGGAUUGCUGACGACGAAACGGCUCAACCACACCAUAUCGCAAGCGGCAUUUUCCGUGCCCGCGCCCACUGCCAUCCCAUGGUAGCCAAAGUCAUCAGGGAUCGCAACAGGAAGUCCAUCCUCUUGGCCAGCAGCGCUAGCAUGCCUGAUCUUCACAGUGGUGCUUAUGGAACACCCAAGAGAAGAGGCAGAAAGUCCAAAGGAGGCAGACGAGGAAGACCUCGCAACGAACUGAAGACUCCCAUAAAGCGUCACGUCUUCACGCCUUCGUCGUUGAGCCGCUCUAUCAUCAGCUCAGGGGGUCGGUCGGACGGGUCCUUCAUCGGAUGCCUCUGUGGUAACUCAGUCGAAGAUAGCCCAAUGGUGCAGUGCGAUGGCUGCCAAGUUUGGUACCACAUGCGCUGUGCGGGUAUCAGACGACCAGAGGACCUCGAGGAAACCUGGUACUGUCAGCCUUGCGUGGUCGACCCGAGCAGUAGUCACACUCGUCGACUGUUGACAAUCUCACCUGCUUCGACUGUCGCUCUGGCCAACUUGCAUGCAUCAGGUGGGUCUUACGCGAGUUCGACUCCUGGUCUCCUUGGCUCCGGCCAUCAGGGUUCUCUGGCGGCCUUCCCGAGGACAUAUGCAACGCAUAUCGGGGUCUCCACACCGUCCGCCGCCUAUCCUAGGGUGAAGGCCGAAACGCUGGAUCGACUUCCCGUCUUUGCUCACGAAGACUCUCCCAUACAUAUCAAUGCUAGCCAGAUUGGUGCUACUCUGAUACCUUCGUCCGGCUCGCUGGCACUGGCCCCUAGUCCUGAGGUAGACACUGGCGACGGCUCGAGUCUGCUUCGGAGGCAACACGUUCGAGGCAGAUCGAGAGCUUCAAGAAUAGGCUGGCACACUGCCGAGCCUGGUUCGCCUCUCGAUCGCAAAUCAGCCAGCUCCCUGUCGACCUUCGCAGCAACUACGCCAAGCAGCUCAAGCCAAGCCGUCGCCCACAGUGAGCGUCCUGUGCGCUCCUACGGCGUGAAACAGCACACAUCGAACGCGCGUGGUCAUGGCGAGAGUGAGGAAGAGGAGUUGCCAAGCAGUCGCACAAUGAGUCCAAGCUUCUUUGCUAGCAUGAGGGGUCGCGGUCUUGGCGCACAGAUGCGGGGUGUGCCAGACAGGACCCCAUCGCCUACCAGGCCCCCCGCGUCGGCAACGCCCAGUCGACACGCUCGAAGUGGAAGAAGUGACUCGGACAUCGAUCCCGAUCACGCAGAUCGCAGAUACUCUCAGGAUGUCCUAUCCACACCUAGUCGAUUCUGGACUUCCAAGAGCGCUGGCUCGGGUACGUUGGGUCAUGGCUCCACCACACCUGGCAACACCCUCGAGCCUCUUGGUCUACACACACCCUCACGCUCUACUCGUCGACGUGAGCCCUCUGGCUGGGCGCUCAGCUUGGCAAACUUUUCUACUCCCGGCAGCGCCCGAGAUCGGGAAUUGCUCUUUGGUCAACAAAGCGGAACAGAUGUCUCGGGAGGCUACUCUUCCGGCUUGCCGAGUCUCAUCUACUCUAGCGGUAGUGUAAUCGGGGGUGGCGGACUCGAAAGCACUGUGGACGAGGACUUCCCUGGAGCUCAUUGGCUGAACGUAGGCAGUGGCAGUCCUUCCCGCUCGAUCAAACGGCGUUCAAGGUCACGAAUGAGCACUGCUGCCGGCAACAGCUCCGAGGCAAUGAUUGGAGAGGCUAUGCCGUCUCGCGCGGGUGUCUUGACCCCUCAGGCCGCAAUGAGUUCAGUCCGCUCAUCAACGACAUCUACUCCUCUGGACGCUGCGCAGAGACGUCGGCAGCCUUCAUCUGGCCGGAAGCUGCCCCCGCAAGACUCCAGCGACGGCUAUGACGAUCAGGCCCACGAUGCCAUGGACCCCCCAACCUCGAGCUCACCUUACCCUCGCACUCCCUCGAUGGACCUCGGCUACUCCUCAGCUAACCGGUUCAAUAUGAGGGGAUCCGGAGGCGCUUCCACACCGGGAUCGCCAACUCCCAGUCGAGGCAAGAUGACUCUGGGCCCCUUCGGUGCCGGCGGUGGGAAUGCUCAAACUCGCAGCAAUUUCCGCAAGUCAAUGAGCAUCAACGGACCCCACGGUGCUGGGCUAGCUCUGGCCGACGCCGUCAACAACAAAGCUGGUCGUAGGCCACCGAGUGGCGAUAUGAGCGCCCUCGCUGCUCGGUCAAGACAAGCAUCCGCUCAGCAUUUCGACCCUUCCGGACCACCCGGGCUGGGCCUAGGACUUGACCUAGAUGACGUCCUGCAGUUCUAUUAG